AAUAUCUUCAACUUGAUAAAAUUUUCCUUAUCUUCAGUUGUGAUUUCCCUUUCAACUUAUAUUGUUUGAGUCAUAAUUUACAUUGAUAAUCAAUGUGGAGCCACAACAUUCAGAAGUGAAUUAUUAGGGAUAUGACCUCAUUAGUUUUCAUCCUAUACAUACAUGUAUCAUUGUAAGGUAUGCAACUUGGGAUCUUUAGCAUCAAACAAUAGCAGUCAUGACAAGCAUGGAAGUUAAAAUAAUAUCCAGAGAAACCAUCAAACCUUCCACUCCAACCCUAUCACAUCACGGAACAUACCACCUUUCUUUCCUUGAACAGAUAAAUCCUCGUACCUAUACACCAGUUGUUUACUUCUACCCCAAGGAAGAAUCUGAUUCUGAUCAUAAUCCUAAUUUUGGUGAUAAAUCCAAUCAGCUAAAGAGAUCUCUAUCAGAAAUACUAGCCAAAUACUACCCAUUUUCCGGUAGGAUCAGAGAUCGAGUCUCUAUUGAUUGUAAUGAUGAAGGAGUCAUAUUUGUAGAAGCAAGAAUCAAAGUCAAGCUCUCUGAAAUUCUGGAGCACCCGAAAGAUGAGGUGCUGGACCUGUUAUUCACAGACAAUUUACAGUGGAACGAUGACUCCAAUUUAACUGUCAUCUUAGCUAUUCAAGUAAGCUUCUUCGACUGUGGUGGAAUGGCAAUUGGCAUCUGUAUGUCACACAAAGUAGCUGACACUUGCACCAUGAUCAACUUCAUCAACGACUGGGCAGCCAUAACCCGUGAUCACAAAGCUGAUCAAUAUGUGUCUCCCGAGUUUAUUGCAGCAACUGUAUUCCCCCAAGGUGAGAUUCCACUGCUACCGCAAUCUGUGAUUGAGAAAGGGGAUUACGUUUCCAAGAGAUUUGUGUUUGCUGCCCCGAAAGUUGCUGCCCUCAAAGCCAUGGUGUGUGACAAAGUGCAAAACCCCUCAAAAGUUGAAGUUGUGACUGCUUUUAUUCAUAGAUGUGCCAUAUCUGCAUUGAAAUCGAAUUCUGGGUCCUUGUUGAAUCCUAGUACCCUUUUGAUCCAGACGGUGAAUUUGCGUGGUAGAAUGGUUCCUCCAUUGCCGAAAAGCUCAGUAGGUAGCAUGGUUUGGUUCUAUGCAGUGCCCACAGCGGAGGAUGAGAGUGUGAUAGAGUUGCAUGACCUGGUGUCUCAAAUGAAGGAGAGGAUGGCCCAUUUCUGUGUUACAUAUGCCGAGAAAUUUGGAAAAGAAUGGCCUUUGAUAUUUAUGGAGUGCAUGAAAGAUUCAAGGAAACUGUUUCAAAAACAGAACCUGGUUGUGUAUAGAUGUAGCAGUUGGUGCAGAUUCCCAGUUUAUGAAGCAGACUUUGGUUGGGGCAAGCCAAUUUGGGUCACUAUUGCUAGCUGUGUGAUGAAAAAUAGUAUCUUUCUGAUUGAUACUAGGAAUGGAGAAGGGAUUGAAGCACAUGUGAAUUUGGAAAAGCAACACAUGGAUGUGUUUGCGCGUGAUGCAGAGCUUCUUGCAUUUGCUUCUCUGAAUCCCAGUGCUAAUAUAGACUACAACAUGUGAUCUUUAGAACAUAAUUGAAGUUGGUGCUUGUUUUCAAAGGAUCUUUGUAAUCCCAUGUUUUCAUUACGAGUUUUUCGAUCAUUUUAAGAAUAAGAAUGUCUGACUCUUUCUAUUGA